CAGCGGAAUUGUGACGCCCUGCCGCCCAAGCCAAUCCGUGCCCGGCGCACACAGACGAGUGUCUGGCUCACGUUCUCUCUCCCCUUCACUUCCAAAUUCUGGAGAAGAAUUGUACAGUGUCUCAUCCACAUUCUUGCUGUUCCCCUCGUCUCACUUCAGUUUUAGCUGCUCCCUUUGUCAAAUUCGCCAACUUCAUCUGCUGUUUGUAGUUCAGCUGCAGCUAAAGCUCAGUCAGCUAACAACGAAGCUAAAGAAGCUAACAGAGGGACGUAACAGAAAGACGCAAUGGCGAGCUCCACGAUUGCUGCCAGCAGCCUGUCCAAGCUCGCGGGUUUCGCCGCGACCACAGCGAGCACCUCCGCUGCUGUCGGCCAGAGGUCCAGCUUCUUCGCUGGCCGCGCUCUGGUGAGCCGCCCCGCAGUCCAGUGCAAUGCCCGCGUUUCUAUGUCCUCAGACCAGAAGGUUGACCCCUACUUCGGAGUGGGUGUCUGGAUCCCUGGCCUCGUCCGCCCCGACCACCUCGACGGCUCCCUCCCUGCUGACUUUGGCUUCGACCCCCUCGGCCUCUCUGUCACUGAGACCGUUCGGAACCGUCUGGUUGAGGGUGAGGUGAUGAACGGACGGUUUGCCAUGCUCGCGGUUGUGGGCGCCAUUGUGCCUGAGCUGCUGGGCAAGGGCAACUUCGGAGACAUUGCCGCGUCCGCUCCCUUCGGAAGCACCAUCCUGGGUUUGGAGCCUGUUGGUGUCCCUGCUGAGUGGCCCGGCAUCGCUGCUCUGUUCGUUGCGGGUGCCGCCGAGAGCCUCCGGCUGCGCGCUGAGAUCACCAAGGGCUACGGCAGCUACGAUGAUGUCAGCAGCUUCUUGUACCCCGGGUUCGACCCCCUCGGCUUCGCCAAGGGUGACGACGCAAAGGUCAAGGACAUGAGGACCAGGGAGAUUAAGAACGGGCGGUUGGCGAUGAUUGCCUUCAUCGGGUUCCUCCAGCAGUACCUCGUGACCGGACAGGGCCCAUUGACCAACCUGAGCCAACAUUUGGCCAACCCCCACGCCAACUGGUUCUUCAGCCAAUCCCAGUUGUAGGCCCCGGUUCUAAAGCGUCGCCCACAUUCUGUAUUUAGAAAGCAGUCCUCCUUACUGGUGUUUGUCGUGAGGAACUGCCCAGGACGGGAAGGCUCGUUCUCAAGCGGGCCCAAGAAUUGACGAAGCCCCCCGUUUCAGGCAGGCAGUCGAUCAGAUCCGAUACAGGUCCGGACCACGAGUUGUUCACAGUUUCGUGUCGAAAAGUGCACCUACGUUGAGAGAAGGGUGACCCAGUCCGUCCCCCGCGUUAGGGCCUGUCUGUACAGUCGAUUUUCCGAGGCAUUGAAACACUCCCAGCGACAAUAAUGGAAGUUCUAAGCACGUGUCCUGGCCUCCCAUCUUCGCCUCUUGAGUCGGACAGCAUUCAUAGGAUCGUACCCUUUCAUUGAAUCACUGAUGUGCGGUCCCUGCGUGUUCAUGGUUCUUGCUUUGACAUGUUACACGCUCGAAUUUGAU